AUGAUUCAGGAUCAGGCUAUUAGUUCAAAUGUUGAGCAAGCCAGACCCUUGAAUGUCCCGAAGAGGUUGACGAAGAGAAAGCAGAAAAACAAGAACAAGAAGAAGAUGAAAAUCGUACCUCCAGACAGGCUUAUGGUCCGCGAUCCAUUCGCUUUCUUUGCGGACAAUUUCCAAAGCGUUGUCGCAGAAUGGAUUUCGUUGCUCGCUAAGACAACCCCUCGGACAUGUGAGAUUGCUAGCACAAAUCCUCAAUUAAUCACUGCCUUCCAAGACGUGGAUAAGUAUCUCACUGGGAGACAAAGCAACUACCUCCUGCGGCGACUGGCAUUUGUCCAACUUAUGCGGCUGUCUGACUUUAUCGAAAAUAUUAUUCAAAGCGAAAGAGAAACAGGAUCACCACGCCAAGCUGGCUAUGGGGAUGCGACUGUCGUGAUCGAGCUCUACAAGAAAGCGCAAGGAAUCUCUGAUACAAAACAGUUGACCAGCAUAGUCCGAGAGCGCAGGCGGAUGGGAAGGCAAUGGGAAAGGCUUGCAGGCCCUUCGCCUUUAUUCCUCUUGGUGUACUCUAGCUACGCCGAUACGAUUGUGUAUGAAUAUCCAAAGCAUGUUGCAUGA